AUGUCUCUUGCUGCUGUACCGACUGCUUCAUUGCUUUUAGAGCUACAGAAACGUAUUGAAUGCUCGAAAAAGAAGGAACGUCGUACUAUUUUUAUUGGACCUCCUGGAUGUGGCAAAGGCACACAGUCACCUUUAAUAAAGGAAGAAUACUGUUUUUGUCACUUGGCGACUGGUGACAUUCUACGUGCUGCUGUAGCCGCCGGUACUGAUAUGGGUAAGAAGGCAAAGGCUGCUAUGGAAUCUGGCGCCCUUGUGACAGACGAGAUUGUGGUUGGCAUUAUUAAGGAUGCUAUCAAAAGCCCCGAGUGUCGUCGUGGUUUUAUUCUUGACGGCUUUCCACGCACUGUCGUACAGGCUAAAAAGCUCGAUGAAAUGCUGGCAAAGGAAAAUAAGUCGGUGGACGCUGUGGUGAAUUUUAACAUUCCGGACGAUGUCCUGGUGGAACGUGUAGCUGGUCGUCGCAUACACCCAGCCAGUGGUCGUAGCUACCACGUCAAGUUUGCACCGCCUAAGAUAGAAGGAAAGGAUGAUAUUACGGGUGACCCUCUCAUCCAGCGCAAGGAUGACAAUGAGGCUACACUAGGCUCGCGUCUUGAAGCUUUUCACAAGCAGACGCAGCCUGUGAUUGACUUUUACCGCAAGCAGGGUAAGCUUGUUGACGUGAAUGCUCACACAGACAUGGUCAAGGUCACGGAGCAGAUUCGCAAAAGUCUCGGCUCGGACUAG